GAACCGGCCUGGGAUGCGUCUAUUUUUUACUUUUUUAACGAGUGAUUUUCAUCGUAGUGCAUUUUUCUUGAGAAAAAAUUAAAUUUCCAGUAUUUGGUGUAUUAAAAUUAACAUAAAAUCGGUUAUAAAGAAGGCUUUAAAUAAUUUUCCACCAUAUUCGUAAGUGUGUGAGAGUGAGUGUUUUUUUUUUUAUUUUUUUCAUAACGUUCGAAAGUUUGUGUGUUUAGUCAGUCACUGUGGAAUUUAAUCAGUUCGCGGUCGUUGGGAUUUGUGCAAGACAGAAAGAAAAAAAAUAAAACUUGUCAAGUGUGUGUUGAAAAUAUACAAAAUAUUCAACUUAUUAAAAAACAAAUAAAGUUGUGAAAUGGCAACAAAAUCAAAACGCGCGGGUACUGCCACGCCCCAACCACAACCCAGUGGCACUAGUACACCCAUGAUGACGGGAGCCAAUCGUCCUGCCAGUCCCCUGAGUCCAACACGCCAUUCUCGCCUGCAGGAGAAGGCUGAAUUGCAAAAUUUGAAUGAUCGUUUGGCCGCCUACAUCGACCGUGUCCGCAAUUUGGAAACCGAAAAUGCCCGCUUAUCAAUUGAAGUGCAAACAACACGCGAUACUAUUACGCGUGAAGCUACCAAUGUCAAGUCCAUGUAUGAGAAUGAAUUGAGUGACGCCCGGCGUUUGUUAGACGAUACAGCCCGCGAAAAGGCUAAAUUGGAAAUCGACAUCAAAAGACUCUGGGAGGAAAAUGAAGAAUUGAAGGCCAAGUUGGACAAGAAAACUAAAGAGUGUUCAGUGGCUGAAGGAAAUGCCCGCAUGUAUGAAUCACGUGCCGCUGAUUUAAGCGCCAAAUUUAAUGCUGCCAAUGCUGAUCGCAAGAAGGCCGUUGAUGAAUUGAAAGAUUUACAAAAUGAACUCGAACGUUUGCGCAAACAAUUGGAUGAGGCUCGCAAGCAUUUGGAAGAUGAAACUUUGGCUCGUGUUGAUCUCGAGAACAAUAUUCAAAGUCUGCGUGAAGAAUUGACCUUCAAGGAUCAAAUACACUCGCAAGAAAUCAAUGAAACUCGUUCACGUCGCCAGGUGGAAAUCAGUGAAAUUGAUGGCCGUCUUAUGGAACAAUAUGAGGCCAAAUUGCAGAGUUCUCUGCAAGAGCUACGUGAACAAUAUGAGUCUCAAAUGCGUGCCAAUCGUGAUGAUAUUGAAACUCGUUAUGAGCAGAAAAUUAAGAAUUUGCAAGCUGCUGCUAACCGAAAUUCUGGUGCUGCUGCCUCAGCCAUUGAAGAAUUACGUACUACACGUACUCGUAUUGACGGAUUGAACAGCCGCAUUAAUGAAUUGGAAUCUACAAAUGCUGCCCUCAAUGCUCGUAUUCGUGAUCUCGAGCAAUUGUUGGAUGAUGAGAGAGUUCGCCACAAUGCUGACAUGUCGGCUUUGGAAGCUGAGUUGCAACGUAUGCGCGACGAAAUGGCCCAACAGUUACAAGAAUAUCAAGAUUUAAUGGAUAUCAAGGUUUCUUUGGAUUUGGAAAUUGCCGCCUACGACAAACUUCUAUGUGGUGAAGAAUCACGUCUCAAUAUUACACCCUCUGGUGGUGGCGCAACAGUCACAUCACUUAGCCAAUCUUUACGUUCGUCUCGUGCUACUCCUCACCGUAAGACACCAAUGCGUGCACCAUCUACCGCCCCUGGCGCUUACAAACGUAAACGUACCGUUGUCGAUGAAUCCGAAGAUGUAAGUCAAUCGGAAUUCUUUGUCACCAGCAGUGCCAAAGGUGAUAUUGAAAUUUCUGAAUUUGAUCCUGAGGGUAAAUUCGUUAAAGUACAUAAUAAGGGACAGAAUGAGGUACAAAUUGGUGGUUGGCAAUUAAAACGUACUGCCGAUGGCAAAGAAAGUACUUUCAAGUUCCAUCGCAGUGUGAAAAUUGAUGGCGGUGCCACGAUAACUGUUUGGUCAUCGGAUGCUCCUGGUGCAACACACGAACCACCAACAAAUAUUGUGAUGAAAACACAAAAAUGGUUCGGUGGCGAUAGCAUAAAAACUUCUCUGUUCAACAGCGAUGGCGAAGAAGUAGCCGGCUCUGAACGUAUCAAGCGUACGAUUGUACGUCAUGUUUCACGUCAUAGAUCCGGCGCCGGUGUAAGUGGACGUGCCAGCGUUUCAGUACUCGAUGGUGUGGGCAAUGAGGAACUCUAUCAUCAACAGGGUGAUCCAGAACAACAGCAAGGUGAAGAAAAAUGUCGUUUGAUGUAAGAGAUGGAUGCUUCAGUGUUUUUAAGGUGUAGAUUUAAAAUAAAAAUUAAAAGAACUAUUAUAGAUUAAAGGACGGUAUGUUAGAUACUAGUCCAUAAAAAAAAACGCGCAACAUUACAACUUUUGUUUUUAAACGAUAAAAUUGUAUUUGCUCCCCCUUUUCCCUAAUUUCUAUGUUCUCCUUAUUUAAUUUAUAUUACGAUUAAUUUUAUAUUUUGAAUUUUGAAACGCCGAAGCCAACGUUAAACAGAAAAACAAAAUUACUUACUAAAAUAGCAGCCACCCUAAAACUACAAUAGAUUUUUCUAAUUUUAGUAUUAAGAUUUCAUUUGGAUAGACUUGAAUUUCUUUUCAUUUAAGUCUUCCACGUAACUUGUUCGUUUUUUUUACAUCAAACUAAUAAUCAUUUUUAAAACUUUAACAAGUGAAUGUUUCUCUUCCAAAAGAAUAAUAAAAAAAUCCUAAAAAUCCUGAUGUAUUUGCUUAUUAACAACAAACAACUUACAUACUUAGCAAUAAAUAAAAAUCGUUUGUCAUUUUUAUUCUCUCUG